AUGUUAGCGCGAGCGAUUGAGCUUGAUCCGAAAACGCGCGACUUUAUUGUCGACCUCGUCGCGUACUUGGAGCAGCACCAGCAGCAGCUGCAUCAGCUUUGUCAGCUGAAGUGGAAAGCUAAAGAAUCAGAAUUUGCUGAUUCAACAGUGGACAAUGAUGGAGAUAGAGAUGGACAGGAUCAUGAGAAGAUUGCUUUAAGCGAAGCGGACGAGAAUAGCGAAGACGAAGAAGAUAGCGGGGAUGGGGAGUAA